AUGGAUGACAGACUUCCGAAAGCACCUGAUGGACAGGCAUCCCCUUCCCCCGGUCAACAUCCUAUUCCCGACGAUGUCCAACUACCCCCGAAAUGGAUCUUACAAUCGAAGAACGAUACCGAGCUUGUCGCAACGCCCGAGCCACAAGCCCCAGAAAGCGAUGCAGCUCAAGUGGACGAAUAUCCUGGCUUGACGCAUUUGGAUUAUGAUCUUCGUCCCCUACCCGACACCUUAACUGCGACUCUGACCGAGAAUAGACGUUUUACUCCACAGAAGCAUUGGCAGGAUGUCCGCCGGAUAUCCAUCACCGUGCCGGAAUCCGUCCCGUACGUGCCUGGUGACAUGAUCGCCAUUACCCCCAAGACCUCACCGACAGACGUUCAGAUAUUUAUCGACCUGAUGGGAUGGGAUGAGCAAGCAGAUAAACCAAUUGCGCUUGUUCCAACAGGAGACACCCGUGCGCCGCCACCAAUCCUUGGACUUGAGGCAUAUCCCAACUUGACCUUGCGUUCUCUCCUCAUUGACUAUCUCGACAUCAAGGCGAUUCCUCGUCGAUCUUUCUUUUCUAAUAUCGCUCAUUAUACAGACGAUAUCAUGCAUAAAGAGCGUCUAUUGGAAUUCACAAAUCCCGAAUACCUCGAUGAAUUGUGGGACUACACGUCUCGGCCACGACGUAGUAUUCUCGAGGUACUGCACGAGUUUGACUCUGUCAAGAUUCCCUGGCAGCAUGCGGCUUCUGUCCUUCCUGUUAUUCGCGCACGACAAUUCAGCAUCGCCAGUGGUGGACAGCGCAAGCAGACCGCGGAUGGAAAGACUCAAUUCGAGCUUCUCAUCGCCAUCGUCAAGUACCAAACCGUUAUUAAAAGAAUCCGCGAGGGCGUCUGCACCAAAUACCUCUCGACACUUCGGCCAGGAAGUACACUUCGAGUGCAACUUCAGCCAGGUGGUCUCAACUCAUCCGUUCGGCAACUGACUGCAUCGACGGUUCUCAUCGGACCAGGUACUGGAAUCGCACCUCUCCGCUCUAUGCUAUGGGAAAAGGCAGCACUGGUCCAAGCAUUCCGCGAAGAAAACCCAGGAGUCGAACCUCCAAUCGGGCCCACCGUCCUACUUUAUGGAGGUCGCAACCGCACCGCGGAUUUCUUCUUCGAAGAAGAGUGGGAGCAUCUCAGUAAACUCAUACCUUUGCAGGUACUCACUGCAUUCUCACGCGACCAGCAACAAAAGAUCUAUGUGCAGGAUACGAUUCGGCAGAACUUGACAUUGUUUUUCCGUCUUCUACAUGACAUGCGAGGCUCUGUGUAUAUCUGUGGUUCAUCUGGGCGUAUGCCACAAGCGGUGCGGGAGGCGCUUAUUGAGGCAUUUGCAGAGGGAGGAGCGCCGCUGACUGGCCAGCCAUAUACCCGAGCACAGGCAGAGGAGUUCUUGAUUGGUAUGGAGAAGAGUGGGCGAUAUAAGCAAGAGACAUGGUAG